AAGCAAGGUAUCCAGACUACAGCGUCCUGAGAAACCAUGGCCUCCAGUCUUCCCUUGCUCAUUCUGGUUCUGUGCAGCCUGAAUGUGGCUCAGUCGCAGCUAAAGCUGUUCGACCUGCGGGCCAGUGAUCUUCCCUCCGGCUUGUUGGGAACCACAGACGGCUACGUCAAGGUGUUCAGUGGCUCAGCCGAUCUGGGAAAGACAUCCGUCCGUAACGACAACCCCAACCCCUGGUGGGAGGAGGAGUUCAGCCACUUCAAGGCCCAGCAGAACGACAUACUAAGGCUCGAGGUUCACGACAGCGACUACCUCUUCGAUGACCUCCUGGGAGUCUGCCAGCGCCAGCUCAAGACGGGAACCCAUCAGCACGACUGCUUCCUGAAGAAAGGUGGAACCCUCCACUAUACCUACACCCUUGGCUGAGAGCAUGUGGAGAUAUUUCUGACCUUAAAGCUUUCCAUGCAACCUCAAAUUUCUAAAAUGUUCAUCCCAGUAGACUAAUAUCGGAUUAGAAAUGCACUAAUGUAAUCAAUAAACAAUGUUCUGGUGACUUUGUUCCAUUAUAUCAUUGGCUAUUUUACCGUUUCCAAGCUUGUCAAUAAACUGUGUUGCAACAACAGAACAUUGUAUUCUCAGUCUUUCAGCAGAACAUUAUUGGAGUGAAAUACAUAAUCAGCUUGCCUAUUUUUACUUGACAAGAGUUUUUUUACCUCCCAAAACUAAAAGAUAAGAAUCAUUCAUGAGAAUAGGGCUAAUGUACCAGAGAAUUUCAACUUUGAUACGCUGCAAAUGAUUUGGUCCUUACCAAGAUAAAAAAAACAACAACUUACAUUUAGAAGUGUUAGAUAAUGUAUCUUGUUUAAAGAGUUAAUUUCUUAUUUUAAGUGUUCAACUUUAUGCUAGAAUCUUAUUUCUAGAUUUUACAAUCUUAGUUCAAGAAAUCUGGACAGAAAAUUUCACUUUUGAGUACAAUUUCCCUCAGAUUUAGUGUUGUUAACUUGUUUUUAGACCCCCCUUUUUUUGCAGUGUAGUCUCAACCAAUGGGAAAGCAGUGUGUGUGGUUGCCCACAUUCAGCAUGGGCACGCCUCAGCAGUCGCCUGCAUUUGCGCAUGUGUGACAGCUCGCUUAGAAAGAUAUAAGACAUGUAUUUAACAGAUUUGCA